GGGGUGGGCGGCCACCAGCAGCCUCCCGGACGCCUGGGUUCCACGCCACCCGAAGGCAUGAGCUGCAAGCCAAACUAUCAAGGGGGCAAGGACUUUGGGGCCCGGAAGGCCCAGCAGGAAGCGCAGCUGGAUUCCAUCAACCAGGAGUUCCUUGAUCACCCCAAAUAUGGCCAGGACGAGGGGCUGCCAAGCCAGCUGGAGACCUUCAAGAAGAAGUACAUGGAGUUCGACCUCAACUCAGAUGGGGAAAUCGACCUGAUGUCACUCAAACAGAUGCUGGAGAAGCUCGGGGUGGCCAAGACCCACCUGGAGCUGAAGCGACUCCUGCACAAGGCCACGGGAGGCACCAGCGACACCAUCAGCUACCGCAGCUUCGUGCGGCUGCUGCUGGGCCCACAGUCCGACAUCCGCGACCUGAUUCUCCUGUUCGAGAGCAAGGCCAAGGAGCAGGAGCCCUCCGCACCCGGGCCCCCCCGCAAGAGGGACAUCACCGAGCUCCCCUAGCCUUGCUCCCAACCUGCGGGAGGACACGAAGUGGCGCUGAUCCUGCAAAGGAUGCUGGGAGGGGGGGCAGGGGGAGGAGGUUCCACCUCCUUGGUGAAGGAGGUUGGAGGGGUGAAAGGUCAGAGGUUACGUGGUGACCUCAUGUGCUCAGCCAUGUUAAUAAAGGCCAUUUAAGGA